GCCUGAAAAGCGGUGGGAAGUGAAAUAGCGCAGACGGAGCAGCAGCGCAGUCACACAGAGCGAAGAUGGCGACCCGGACAAUGCAAGCGGCGCGAUGCCCCACUGACGAGCUGUCAUUAACAAACUGUGCUGUGGUAAAUGAGAAAGACCUGCAGUCUGGACAGCACGUUAGUGUUAAAACCACUCCGAACCACAAGUUUGUGUUCACGGUGAAGGGUCAUCACACGGUAACACCUGGAACUAUAGCAUUCAGCUUACCACAGAGGAAAUGGGCCGGACUCUCUAUCGGACAAGAAGUGGAAGUAUUAAACUAUAACUUUGACAAAUCGAAGCAGUGCAUCGGUGCAAUGAUGAUCGAGAUCGACUUCCUGCAAAAGAAAAGCACCGACUCAUCUCCAUAUGAUUCAGACAAAAUGGCGAGUGAAUUCAUUCAGCAGUUCAAUAACCAGGCUUUCACCGUGGGACAGCAGUUGGUGUUUAGUUUCUGUGAUAAACUCUUUGGCCUGCUGGUGAAAGACAUUGAGGCAAUGGAUGCGAGCAUACUGAAAGGAGAGACAGCAACUGGAAAAAAACAAAAGAUUGAGAUCGGUCUGUUGGUGGGAAACAGUCAGGUGAUCUUUGAGAAAGCAGAGAAUUCCUCCCUUACGCUCGUUGGAAAAGCCAAAACCAAAGAGGCACGUCAGACAAUCAUUAAUCCAGACUGGAACUUUGAGCGCAUGGGCAUCGGUGGCCUGGAUAAAGAGUUCUCCGACAUCUUUCGGAGAGCGUUCGCCUCGCGAGUCUUUCCUCCUGACAUAGUGGAACAGCUGGGAUGUAAACACGUUAAAGGCAUCCUCCUCUUUGGUCCUCCUGGUUGUGGUAAGACUCUGAUGGCAAGACAGAUCGGUAAGAUGUUGAACGCACGAGAGCCAAAAGUCGUAAACGGACCAGAGAUUCUCAAUAAGUAUGUUGGAGAGUCUGAGGCCAACAUCAGGAAACUGUUCGCCGAUGCUGAGGAGGAGCAGAAGAGGCUGGGUGCUAACAGCGGGCUGCACAUUAUCAUCUUCGAUGAGUUGGAUGCCAUCUGUAAGCAGCGUGGUACAGGAGCAAGCAGCACCGGAGUCCACGACACUGUGGUCAAUCAGCUGCUAUCCAAAAUUGAUGGUGUGGAGCAACUCAACAAUAUCCUUGUUAUAGGAAUGACUAACAGACCUGAUCUGAUAGACGAUGCUCUGAUGAGACCUGGCAGAUUUGAAGUCAAAAUGGAGAUCGGUCUGCCGGAUGAGAAGGGUCGUGUCCAGAUCCUGAGCAUUCACACGGCUAAAAUGCGCGAGUUUAAACUGCUAGGGGAUGAUGUUGAUUUGAAGGAACUGGCAGCAGAAACGAAGAACUACAGCGGUGCUGAACUGGAGGGAUUAGUGAGAGCUGCUCAAUCAACCGCCAUGAAUCGACACAUCAAGGCCACAGCCACAGUGGAAGUAGACCUGGAGAAAGCUGAGAAGCUGAAGGUGGUCAGAGACGAUUUUGUGGGAUCGCUCAACAACGACAUCAAACCUGCGUUUGGUACGAACCAGGAGGAUUAUGCGAGCUACAUCAUGAACGGCAUUAUUAAAUGGGGCGAUCCAGUGAGUCACGUGCUGGAUGACGGAGAGCUGCUGGUUCAACAAACCAAGAACAGCGACAGAACUCCGCUGGUAGCCGUGCUGCUUGAAGGUCCUCCUCACAGCGGGAAAACGGCGUUAGCUGCUAAAAUUGCAGAGGAUUCACAGUUUCCCUUCAUUAAGAUCUGCAGCCCAGAUAAAAUGAUCGGCUUCUCCGAGAUUUCAAAAUGCCAAGCCAUCAAAAAGAUUUUUGAUGAUGCUUAUAAAUCCCAGCUCAGCUGUGUGGUGGUGGACGACAUUGAACGCCUGCUCGAUUAUGUUCCCAUUGGCCCGAGAUUCUCUAACCUCGUCCUCCAAGCAUUGCUGGUUUUACUGAAGAAAGUGCCGCCUCAGGGCCGUAAGCUGCUCAUCAUCGGCACCACGAGUCGUAAAGACGUCCUGCAGGAGAUGGAGAUGCUCGACGCCUUCAGCACCACUAUACACAUCCCUAACAUCAGCACCGGAGCUCACCUGGUGGAGGCGCUAGAGUUGUUGGGCUGCUUCACGGAUGCAGAGCGAGCAACUAUCGCCCAGAAGGUGAAGGGAAAGAGAGUGUUUAUUGGAAUUAAGAAACUCCUCAUGCUCAUCGAGAUGUCAAUGCAGAUGGAACAGGAAUACCGUGUCAGCAAAUUCCUCACCCUGCUCCAGGAUCAAGGGGCGCUGGAUGAGGGCAAUCACAUCCGAAUUUAACAUCUCCCUGCCUUCUGGAAUCUCAGCUUCUAAGAGGAACGAGCGGAGCACCGACUCGCACCUUUCCUUUUUCUGGGCCCUUCGUCGUAAACCCCUUCACACACACACGCCACAGUACGUGUAGCGUCUUAUUCUUUGUGAGCUACUGUUCUAGAUAUUUAAAAAAAAAAAACACUAAAAAGAUAUAAAGAUGUACAAACUCAUCAAUAUACACACUAUUCUGUAGUUGCGUGUGUGUGUAUGAAUGUGUAACAUAUACAGUAUAAAAAUAUAUAUGAGCCUAAUAUGUAAGCCUAAUAUGUGCGUACAAAUUUUGAAAUCUAAGUGGAUAGUUGUGUUGUUACACACACUGACGGUAUACUGUUACAUUUAUGACUUUGAAUGGAGUGUAAGUUGUGGAGUACAGUUACAGAGUGUGUGUGUGUGUGUGUGUGUGUGUGUUAGAGCUUUAAUCAGGACUGAAAUGUUGAAUGUUAAAACCUUCUCUCUCAGCUCUUGAAACCAUCAUGGAACUGUGUAACCGAGGAAUUUAAGUUUUCUAGUUAGACUAAAGUGCUAACUGAGUUUUUAAACAGCAUGGCCCCUCAACAGCACACACAUGUGAUACGUUACGUAGAAUUACAGAUCACUGUGUGUCCAAGUUCAAGGCUUUUCAUUUACAUUUACAAAUGCAUGAUUUAAACUCAAAUGCGCUCAUUAUGGAGCAAACAAUGGCAGAAAGGGACAAAAUGCAAAAAGGUCGAACGAAUGGUUUAAACUGUCAGCUCAAGCUCUAGUGUGUGUAUAUGUGUGUGUGUGUGUGUGUCACAUAUGGCAUUUUGACAAGUAUAAGAUGAACAUUCUGAACCCUAAUAUCUCUCUCUUUGUAUUGUUCUAUGUCAUUCACUCUCUAAAUCAUAAAUAUGUUUGCGUGCGUGAGAUUGUAAUGUUGUUUGCCGUGCAUUAAUAUUGUUUAGUAAUGAUCAAUGAUGAGUUCUUUCUUUGGCUUGUGUACCGCUCAGUGAUUAGUGCUUGAAGUUCACAAAUGUGAUGUCAAGAAUAUUAAUGAUCUUUGUGAAUAUUCAUUCUGUAUUACUGCAAU